CCUGCUCGGGCUCUGCACUUCUCCCAGCGUUUCCCCGGUGCUGUAUCAUUGGAUGCCUUUAGGAGCUGUGACGUCACUGAUAGACAUUCCACCGGCCGCUCCCCCCCGUCCUGACCCUUGCCUUGGCGGGGGGAGACCACCGAGAUGGACGUGUACAUACCGUCAUUUCGCUACGAGGAGAGCGACCUGGAGAGGGGAUACACGGUAUUUAGAAUAGAAGUUUUGGUGAACGGAAGAAGACAUUUUGUUGAGAAACGGUACAGUGAAUUCCAUGCACUUCAUAAAAAGUUGAAGAAAAGUAUCAAAACACCAGAGAUUCCCUCAAAACAUGUACGAAACUGGAUCCCAAAGGUACUGGAGCAGCGGCGUCAAGGCCUGGAGUCUUACUUACAGACAGUGAUUUUUGAAAAUGAAGAACUACCAAAAAUAUUUCUAGAUUUCCUCAAUGUUCGCCAUAUGCCAUCACUACCGAAAGCAGAGAGUUGUGGCUCCAUUGAUGACAUUGACUCAGAAGAAACUAGCAAACUGUCCCACCAGCCUGUGCUUCUUUUCCUAAGGGAUCCAUAUGUCUUGCCUGCAGCCAACGAUAGUGCAGCAGAUGUCGUAAUAGAAGGAGUUCUACAUGGUAUUUUUUACCCUCAUUUGCAGACCAGCUAGAGUCUUGAAACCCGACAGUCCGGAUACUCUGACUUCAGACAACGGACACCUAUUUCUAACAUUGUAUAAUGUGAUGCUGCCAGUGGGGUCUAUAGUUUACUGCACGCUCUGCCCUUGUGGGUUAAGAUUUCAUUCAUAGUAAGGAUUUUAAUAAAUGAACAAAGGGAUUGGUCUUAGGCCACUAUGCAGUUCUAAUAGUAAAGAUUGUGCCGACAGGUAUCUUCCUUUUCAUCUGAUCUAAAGACUUUCCAGGUUUAUACACUAAUUCGAGGCUUGUGAGACUCACGAACCACAACCACUACUUUAUGAUAAGCAUGUAGUUUAAAGAAAUCCUUUUUUUUUUUUUUUUUUUAUUAAUUUUCAUAAAUAAUGAUCAUGGUGUCCUUUUAAAGUGGACAAUAUCAACACGUGGUGCAAAUUUAAUAAACAAAUGUAUAGAUUAAAUAACCUGGAGCGUUGGAUUUAAAUCUCUGCUGUGGCUGCCUAACAUGCUGCUGCAUAGUACUACAUCCAUUGCUAUCUGCCCUCUUCAGCAACUUACAAGCGACUACCCUUCUUAGCUAAUCUCUAAACAGUAAAUACACUCAAUGAUAUAGAACACAUUUACACGCUGUCUUCAUAUAACACACUGUCUGAAAAGUGACUGCUCAGGUUCCAUCAUGUGUUCUCCAUAGUAUGAGAUAGGGAAAAGGUUAUGCUUGUGGCACAAUAACAUAGGAAUGUACUUUGCAAUGUUGGCUGAAUGCAUAUGAGGGUGGUAGUACUAUAGUGUUUUUUUGUAUUUUCAUUGGAUGUCCGUCUUACAUACUUGCAGCGAUGUAACACAGAUACUAUUUUUUUGAUCAAACGCGCUGCUUGCUGCUAUUUGUAUUGGAAAUAAAUAGUAAAGGGGUAAUUGAUGGGAGAUUCUUUGUUAUUUUUUGAUUCGCAAUAAAGGGAAGAUAUAGAGCAAUUGAAACCAGAGGCUGUGUUAAGUUUUGUUACAAACCAUGUGCUUGAUGGAUUAUUAAAUAGUUGCAGUAUGUAUGUGCUACUUCACUUAAAUAAUUCAAUUACAGAAAAUGGAUAGCCUUCUUGUGUUCAGCGCUAUUCGAGGUAUUUAAGCCAAAUUGUCCUUUGCAGCCCUGUUGUUACAGUUUGCUUUAUCUGCAGAAUACAUGCAGUGCAGAUGACUUGUUUGCUUUAUAAACCAAAUAGAUAAUGGAUAAUAAUGCCAUAAAAGUGAGAGAGAAAAAUGUUCCCGUGAGCAUUAGAGGUUGAUUAACUAAAUAAAGCAUUGUGAUGAGUGGUCAACUGCAAAAACUAAAAUUUAAGCUGAAAUAGACAAAUUUGAAUGAAAAAUAAAACAAUGGAAUUCUUUUAUCCAAUUUGGCCUUUUAGACUACAAUUUUCCAGGAAAAACAAAUGAUGCCUGCACUCAAACUCCCUCUACUCUUGGGCUGCAGCAAUGGGUAUAUAAUUAAUAAGCUUAAAUACGUACAACAAAACCUGUUCCAGAUUUCCAAUUUUUCUUUUAUAGAUUUUUCAAGGUCCAUUGCAUGUUCACCACAAAGGGCUGUUUAGUAAACUGGUUAUAUAUAAUAUUAAAACUAAAUUGUAUAAAUAUAUUUUCCUCCAUAAAGCACAUUAAGUACACUCUAUUUAUGUUUUAGGACCAUUUUCAAUGAAAACCUGGUGUUUUGUACGUGGGUAUAUAGCACCACACUCUGUAAAAGUGCCGUUAUCUGGACUCUGCUCUUUGUUUACUGUAAUAAAUGUGACUAUAACAAUGUAACACUUGCCGCUGCCUCUGACAUAAAUAUAUGGUAAUAUUAAAUUGUGUGUAGAAAAGUAUAAAUUGGUAAUAUUAAAAGUAUUAAGCAUUAACCUAGCAACACUACUGAUACAGCUUACAGAAUUAUGUGCUAGCAUUUAGCUUGAUGUAUUGAUGUAAAUGUAUAGUAAAUAGCAUGGCUACAUGUGAUUUUUAAUC